CCGAGUCAGUCAGUCUUGAGUCCUCCCAGCACGGCCAACUCGCGCACUCAAAGCCGUGUGUGUUGCGUGUGUUGGGUGUGUUGGAUGUGUUGCUCUCCCAGGUGCAUCAAGGUCCUUCCCACGCCUAUCUGAAAGUCCCUGAGGUGUUGGUACGGGAGGGAGAGAGAGAGAAAGAGUGGUGAGGUUUGAGUAAGGGAAGGAGUGAAGGAAGGGCUUUACCGCCAUCCUACGUGAUCCUGCUCACUCCCACGGUUCUCAUAGGAUACCAAAGACUCCUAUAGGAUACACUGCCCUCCUAUGGUAAGCCUGAAGGCCUCUUAAAUGGAGUUGUUAAGUUAGGGAAGGAGUGUGAAGGAGUGAAGGACUUUACCGCCAUCCUACAUGACCCUGCUCGCUUCCACGGUUCUCAUAGGAUACCAAAGACUCCUGCAGGAUACAAUGCCCUCCUAUGUGUGCCGGCCCACCUGAGGCUGUCGUGGCUGGGGUGUUGAGAGGAGAGGAGGCGCUUCGUCCCGGCGUUACCAUGGUGCCCCGGGUAGAGUGUGACGACCCCCGCCACGCCCCCCCGCGACCCCCGCCCCCCCGCCUCUGAGCCCCCGCCCCCCAGGCCUCGUCAUGUCGGUGGGGUGGGGCGGCAUGGUGGUGGGCGGCGGCUGGUGCAUGGCCGGCGGCGGCAAGAGCGCCGUGCAGCUGCUGCAGGAGAGCAAGUCCCGCUACGUCAAGAGUGACCACGUGCUGGGCAGCAGCCAGACGCCCGCGCGCCCCGACCGCCUCCACAUCUCCUCCAACCCCAACAUCUUCCUGAGCGCGCCGUGCCACACCCUGCACGUGUCCCGCCCCACGCCCUCGCCCGCCCCGGAGCGCCGCGUGGCCCUCGCCGACAACAUCAAUGUGGUCAACCUGCGGGACCACCCCAGCCUGGCCGGCCUGUCCCCGCCCCGCCCCGGCCAGGCCCUGGGGCCCGCCUCGCUGGGCGCGCCGCCCCCCCUCCCGGCCCGCUCCCCCCGCGUGGCGCCCCGCCCCAAGCCCCGGGGCCAGGGCGAGGGCCAUGGCGGCAGGGACCUGCGCCGCUCCCUGUCCCACGGGCCGGGCGACCGCGGCGACAACGUGCAGAUGAAGCUGCGGCGACUCCUCAACACCGACUCGCAGGAGAACCUGGCGGCGGCGGCGGCGACGCCCGACGAACCCGCCAAGCCCAAGGUGCCGCCGCCGAUCGCCCCCCGCCGCGGGGCACGCCUGUCCCCGCCGGGCACGUACCGCGCCGAGCCGGCCACCGUCACGGCCCACAAGUCGCUGCCGGACCUGAGCCGCGCCUCGUCCCCCGCGGCGGAAACGGACUCGGAGUGCGGCACGGGGGGGCGCCGCCCCUCCUGCCCCGGCGCCCUUCCCUCCACCACCCCGAGGCCCCCCGUGCCCCCGCCGCGUCCGCCCCGUAUGUUCCGGGACCCCCCGCCCCCGCCCCAGCGCUCCCCAGACCGGCCCCCUGCCCGCCCCCCGCUGCCCCAGCGGCUGCGGGAAACUUCCGCCCCGCGCCCUGCCCGCCCCGGCGGGGCAGGAGGCAGCGGCCCCGGCGCCUCGCUGCUGCCGACGGACGGCCGCCGCUCCUCGGACAGCGACGUGUCGGCCUACGGGGCGGCGACGGCGGCGACUGGCGGCGGGGGCGGCGAGGAGGGUCGCCGGCGGCCCAUCCUGCGGUCACGGUCCGACGUGACGCACGAGCGCGGCCGCUGGGAGGAGGAGGCGCUGCCACUGCCGCCGCUGGACCUGGAGGCGUUCUUCGAGACGCUGGGGCUGGACGCCACCACGCACCGCCAGCUAACGGCGCCGCCCUCCUCGCCGCCGCACUCGGCGCCCGUCUACUUCGAGGAGGUGUCCUCCGAGGAGUCGGGGCCGCUCGUGGGGCGGCGGGGCAGCUCAGACUCUGACGAGGGGCGGGGCAUAUCGGGCCCCGGCCCCGGCCCACCCCUGCCGCUGAGGGGCACCGGCGAGCCCUCCAUUGUGGAGAAGAACGCGCGGGUCAUCAAGUGGCUCUUCAACUGCCAGAAGGCGCAGGGCACCUACGUGUGCCGCGUCGCCUCCACCAAGAGUUAGCCGCGGCCGCUCUAGUCCCCGGCAGCCGCCCCGACACGCCCGGGGCCGCUGCCGUCCUGCUGUGAUAACCCGAGUGGCCGCCCCCCGCCCCGGGACCCCACUCCCGCGCCCUCUGCUCUCCUUCCCGUCCGGUGCUGCCGCCGAGGAAGGGGCGAAGGGAGACAGCCCUGUGGGGCACGGGGCGGGACGGGGCGGGGGUUGGCGGCGUCAGGGAGGGAAGGACGCGACCCUCCCACCGAGACUCACGGUGAGCGACGUUGGUGUGCCCGACCUGACCCGACACUACCCACACCCACACCCAUGCUGGGCCACACCACCCACACCCUCACCCAGACCCACAGCCACACCCUGCACACUGCCACACUCUUUCACACAGCCACACUGCCACACCGGCCCCGUGACCCGCCCGCGGCAGGAGCCAGGAGCCACACUCGAGGCGGCGGGAGGAACAAGAACCAGCGGAGGGGGGCGUGACGCUGGGCCGCCGUGCUCACCGACGCGGCGCCUUGCUCAAGAGGAAGUGCACGGCGGGGGGGCGGGGUGGGGGGGGACGUGGAGGUGACAUGAACUCUGGGAAGUGACGGUCAUGACUGAGGGGCAGGGGGGGGGUGGAAAUAGAGGGCAGUGGGGUCAGGUUUUCUGUGAUCCCGGCUCGCCCCGUUCCUUGCCCCGCCCCGCCCCACGUGUGCUAGCAAUCAAGGACAGGUGAUGAGGCUGCCGGUGCUGAGGUGCUGACGCGGCUCACCUGGUGCUGAUUGGACGCCUCACCUGCAGGGUUUUCCCUCCGCCUCGGCCUCCUUCCCUCCUUCCCUCCGCCUCGGCCUCCUUCCCUCCUUCCUUCGUUCCUUCGUCGGAGUUUACGAAAAAAAAAAAUCAAUCAAUGAAGUGGAGCGAUUUCACUGCCUCGGUGUGUGUGUGUGUGUGUGUGUGUGUGUGUGUGUGUGUGUGUGUGUGUGUGUGUGUGUGUGUGUGUGUACCUCCUACCUAGUCAGUCAGUCCUUUGUUGUGUAAUAUAUGCUCCAACACACACACACACACACACACACAAACACACAAACACACAAACACACUUUUUUUCUCUCAUGGCGGUGUGUUGGAAAGAAAAAAAAUAAAGAAAAAUUACCGUGUGUGGAAAAUAUAUUAAUGCGCACCUCCACUGCUCAUUCCGUGUGUGUGUGUGUGUGUGUGUGUGUGUGUGUGUGUGUAUGUGCUUAGUCCAGAUAGCGAGUUAUUCAGGAUAGUUGAGUCUACUACGCGGAUUAAAAUUAAAAACAGAGAGAGUAACAGUAGCGGUAAUAGUAACACUGGUAACAUUAAUAACGAUAGUGCUAGUAACCAUAAUAAUCAUAAUAAUAAUAAUAAUAAUAGUAAUAAUAACAAUAAAAAUAAUA